AUGGCAGGUUCUCUCGCCGCACUAAAAAGCUUGCCUUGUCCUGCUGGAGACCAAUGUAGUGCUUUUCAAUGCCUAUUUAAGCAUGACCGCGACGGUGAUACCGCUCCCGACGGAAAAGGCUUAGCACGUUCCUCUUCUGAGAUCACAACAACCUCGUUGCCAGAUCAAGCUUCGUCUAGAAAACGUAUUAAAUUAGACCCAUCAACCUCGACACCUUCCGGCAAACAGAUCACAGACCAGAUUCCCACCGCCGGCAAGAAGCCCCAAUCUUCAACUAAUGGAGCAGAUUCUGGUCAUGGCACUCGAGAUUCUGGCUUCGAACUAUCAAGCACUCAGCAUAAGGUCACUUCCUUGAAGACAGGAGAAUCUAAGAAAAUGAAGCUAUCACCUAGACCAGCUCCUAAGAAAGCAGAAGCUCUUAACCCUCGUCUACUCAAGUCUUCUCCGGCCAAGCACGCUACGCGCUUGAUACUAAUCAAGGCCCUCCAUGAACAAUACGUUCGCCUCAAUAACGAGCUGAAGAAAGACAAAGAUGCAAAGAGACUAGUGCUGUCUGAUCAAGAGCUCAUUGUGAAAGCAUUAGAUGAUGAGCAAGAAAUUGCCACGCGUAAAUUCCAGAUUUACGGCAAUGCUAUCAAAAAUCGUAUCUUGAGCCACAAAAAGAAGACAAUCGCUGAGUGGAAAGCUGAGAGAAGCCAGGCUAUGGGGGAUAACAAGACAAAUGACACAGAAAAUGCAUCUGCCGCGCCCCAGCCCAUAAACACGGGCUUAACUCCAUCUCAAGAGGUUGAUUUCGCGCUUCGGUUAGUCUAUCCAUUUGACAACCUCACGGAUUACGGUUAUGUAUCUUCCAUACCCUCAGACGAAGACAUCGAGAAAGCCCGAGAAGGUGUCAAAACUUCUGGUAACGUCGAGGUGUGCGAUAGAUGCACCAGAAGAUUCCAAGUCUUCCCGGGUCGAAGGGAGGAGGACGGAACGCUAGCGAGCAACGGAUCUUGCACCUUUCACCCAGGCAAGAUAUACUACACCGAACGAGGACCUGGAAAGGGUACUACGUCCCAGAAGAAAUACCGCUGCUGUCACCGAAACGUCGACGAUGAUGCCGGAGGAUGUACUACGGCAUCUACCCACGUCUUCAAGACAACGGAUGUCAAUAGGCUUGCGGGUCUACUGAACUUUGCCCAAACCCCGCCCAACCCGAACGUCCCUGCGGAUAGAGCCGUGUGUUUCGAUUGUGAGAUGGGCUAUACGGUUUAUGGUAUGGAGCUCAUUAGAGUUACUGCAUUGUCUUGGCCUAACUACGAGAUGCUACUCGAUGUUCUUGUCCAGCCAUUUGGAGAAGUUUUGGAUCUCAACACCCGUUACUCCGGUGUCACCCCAGAAGACAUGGUUUCGGCCAAACGAUGGCAGCCAGGCGAUGAUCAUUUACCUUUGGUAAACCCUUCUACAACCUCAACGAGUUCUGAUGAACGUGAGAAGAGACCCAAGCUCAAGAUCGUGUCCUCUCCCAAGGCAGCACGCGACCUGCUAUUCUCGCUCAUUGCCCCCACGACCCCUAUCAUUGGUCACGGUCUUGAGAACGACUUGAAUGCUAUGCGUAUUAUUCACCCUACUUGCAUCGACACCGUCCUUCUGUACCCCCACAAGCGCACAUUGCCAGCUCGCAACAGUCUCAAGAUGCUAACGGAGACGCUGCUGAACCGAAAGAUUCAAAAGGAAAUAGAUGAAAGCAAUCCUCAAGGUCAUGAUAGUGCCGAGGACGCCAAGGCGGCUGGCGAGUUAGUUCGGCUGAAGAUCCGCGAUGAGUGGAAAGCUCUCUGCCUGAGAGGCUGGAUUAUCCAGGACGGCAAGAUCACAUUACCCUAAAAGAUUUCACUGCCAUGGAUAAACAAGGCGGGGAUGAAGAAGCCACGCUUUUAAUAGCUGGUAGGCGAUGGGCAAUGACGAUGAAAUUUACGCAUUUCAAGGAUCGGGUUUUACGACGCGUGAAGAUGCAUGCGUUCCUUUCAACUCGAGGAUACCACAGCACAGGGGGAAAUCAAAAGGAAGAUUCAAUCAUAUCCAAGGAUUAAGUUAAUUUUGCUUGUUCACUUGAAAGAUGUAUUGGGUGGGCAUGAGAAAAAGAACUGGGUCAGUUAUUUCACGAAUGUGAUGGAUUGGUCUCUGGAUAAUGCUUG